AGGGAUAUAGGAGGGGGGUCGGUGAGGGAGAGAAGAGGGGCAGAGAGGCGCUCAAGUGUUGUUGUUGUUGUUGUAGAGAAGAAGCAGCAGGUCGGGCGUGCUACUCUCUGGGCUUCACACUGAAAAUAUGAGCGCAAUCUUCGAAGCUAGUAAUAACUGAGAAACCACACCUUCAGCAUGUGUGUCGACUGGGAUAUGAUAAUUUUCCAGCCCUAGGCGGGAUGUCCCACCUUCCGGUGGCCACCCUUUCCCUCCCCUCCUCAGCUGCUCUGCAUUGUUUCAUGGGAUACAUCUGUCUACUGCCAACAUACAACUGUGAUUACUGAAUGUUCAUUUAAUUACCAGAAGAUUUGAAAGACUUAAGUGCGCUUCAAAAGUGGUCUAAGGAAUUAGUUUUAAUUUAAUACUGUACAUCUUUACUGUAUACAUAUACAGUAUAUGUGCAUCAUCAAUAUUGUACCUAAGGUUAUGUUGUAUUUUGAUGAUAAAUAAGUUAAAGGUUUGUUGUACAGAGGUUUGAAAGGUCCCUCAUUCUUGCUGCUAUAUUGUCUGUACAAUAUUGUACUGUAUUAUAUAUCUUACAUUUUCAAGGACAGAAAGUCAGGUAUCUGAUGCCAGUUGACAUCCAUCUUGCUUAUUAGAUAAAAAAAAAAAAAAAGGCAUAUAUGAUUUCAGUUAAUACAUUUUUUGGUAUUUGUAGCAAUUUAGUUUUGAUUAUGCUAGUUGUUCAACGUUAUCGAACUUUAAUUCACUGUUUAUUCAUUGUGAAAUUACCUCGAGUAACACUGAAAAUGAUGAUUAUAUUUUGAGUGUGACAGUUCUUCCCAGGGACUUGCAGCAGCAUCUUGAAUUAAGCUGUGAUAAUUAGUAGAGAUAAUCGUGAGCCUAGUGUUGACACUAAGGUAGUGAUCAAGAGUACCUGCAGAUAUAGCCAAUUAUUCAAUAUUCCUCUCAGUCAUGACUGUUUAACCGAUGAAAUGUUAGCGUGGAUGGUUCAUUGAUGUGUUGCUUCCAUAGGUAACGACAGAUUGUGUAUUUGUGACAUCAUGUAGCUCUAUAGUGGUUGAAUGAAAGUUAGAUUUUAGUUAUUAAGGCAUACAUAAGCUCAUUAAAGUUAACAGUAUCAUGAAUGGUAUCUUAAUGUUCUCAUUUAAUCAGAAACCAUUACUGGUAGUUGUGAAACCAUAACUAAUAUUUUGAUUGACUUUGUACAGUACUUCCAUGGAUUUCAUUGCACACCUUAAAAGUUAAUAGGUAAUUCAAAAGAAAAUAUUUAUUAUAAUUUUCAGAUAUUUGUAGUGUAUACAGUUGAUUACAUACAUAAUAUAUUAUGCUCUUAAUAAAAGCAAUUUCUCUUAAAAAAGGAUUAUAUCUAGUGACAAAAUGUUUCUUUAAUUAAGACGUAUAAACUAACACCAGAUAUGCUUCAGGGUUGACUUGCGUGACAAAAAACUGUGCAGAACUUGUAUUAACUCUUAUUGUUUAAUUUAAUUAAACGUAAAGCAUUAUUGGUAAGGUUGUAUCUCUCUUAAGUUGUAUAUUGUGUUUACAUUUAGUUAAGUGUCACUCUCAUCAUCUUUGUAGUGAAAAAGGCACUUUAAGAUGGUAUUAGUGGGUCAUUAUCACAUGGGAGGAGUGUUGGGACGAGGGAAGUUUGGAUGGGUGUCACGGGCCACACAUCAGGUAGUUGGUUACCAGGUGGCAGUGAAGCACCAGCCAUGGGCAGUAGGUGGGAUGGGAUGUGGAGGGAAAUCUGGGGAACACGCAGAUUGUCAGCACGUGGAGGAAACACGGUGGCGUGCAGCUUUAGAGAAUGAAGCAGCUCUUCUGGCUCGAGUUUCACACCCGUCUGUUGUUGCUUUAUUGGAGGUGAUGCGUGGACCUACUGGUCUGUAUGUAUGCCUUGAAGACCUUGGUGAUACCACUCUUGCUGCUCUGGUAACUCAACAUUUUGAGAGAAAUUGCAUUGGUCUUGCUGAACCUAUUGCUGCAAUAAUUUUUAGUCAAGUGGCUGCUGGUUUACAUCAUUUGCAUAACCAGGGUAUAUUACACAGAGAUGUAAAGCCGGAAAACAUCAUGGUUGUACCGGGUAAAACACUGCUGGCUCCAAUUGCAAAAUUAAUUGACUUGGGUUUAGCUGCAGCAUGGGAGCCCUCCUCACCUUUGACAACUGCCAGAACUCGGGCAGGAACUGUUUGUUACAUGGCUCCUGAGCUCACAUCAUCAGCACAUGAAUAUGGCCCAGAAGUGGAUGUGUUCAGUUUAGGUGCUUCACUGUAUUUUACUUUAGUAGGGGAAGUACCCUUCAGUGAAUAUGUGCGAAAUGGAUGUCGAGGCACUACAUCGUUAUUUGGUCUUCAGUUACAUCACGAGGAAGCUUUGGAUGCUUUAACACCUCAGGCAGCUGUUGUACUGCGUGCCAUGCUUCAAACAAACCCUAAAUGUAGGUGGUCUCUUCCAAGAGUGGCCGAGCAUCAUUGGUUUUGCAAUCAAUGCUCUACUUCUGUUGCCCUGAGCCAGCAUCGUUGUUCUCUAAUUAGAGGCAAAGGUGUUAUCUUUGAACUAGAUAGUGUAUCUAAUGUUGCUGAGAGUGAAAAGUCUGUUUUAAAUCAUUGUCAAUUUGUUAAAUUUGGCACUAAUAUUGAGAGAUAUGGAGAAGUAAUAAGUGGUGAGAGUUGUAAAUGUUUGCCCACCUCUGCUAAAAGCUAUGACAUACGCAACAAUGUGGACGAUAAUGGGAGUAGCAGUAACAAUAUUGUUAAUGUUGAUGGUGACAGAAAACGUUGUUACUUGAUAAAUAUGCAGUGUGUAGGGCGUGUAUCUUCGCUCUUGCAGAAAGAUUCCGAUGAUGUAUUACAGCAUCUGGGAGAGGAACCGUGGGGCCCUGUUGGCGGCAUGUAUAAUCUGUUGCUUCAUACCACACAUACUGAUGAUCAUACUUUAGUAUUAUAGGUAGGUCUAUUUUUAUUAUAAUCCAACAUUUCAUUGCACUGUUCAGUACUGAUAUGACUAAAGCUGACGAUUUUGUGGUUUUAGAAAUAUGAUUGUGUAUUUCUGAACAUAUUUGGUUAAUACAGUAUUACAGAGUAUACAAAUAAGGAUAUGCUAACUUAAGAUAUUAUCUCUGGAUUUGUACACACAAAAAUUCUGAACAAAAUAUUUCAUGUUAAACAAAGUUUAAAUUAAUGAUGAGAUUAUUUGGGAAAAUCUGCAUUUAGUUCAGUUACUAUAUUUUUGUAUUAAUGAAAUAAUAAUUAAACCUUGAUAAGAUUAUUUAUUAAGAACAGUGCUGACGUUUUUGUUUUUUCUUUGUGCUAAAUAAUAAUUCCUGUAUAAUUAAGUACAAUAUUACAGUACACUGGAAUGUAAGUCUACGUAACUACUGUAACGUGUGUGUAACUAUAGCACAUGAGUAGUUAGUUUGUAAUGAUUACAUUGCCAUGGUAGCUUGAUGCAAUGUCAUUUUUAAGUUGUAAAACUUAUUUUUUAUUGAUGUUUAUAGAAGUUUUUAUUAAAGCAUUUGUGUA